ACUUUUAUAACGAUAGCAUUUAAAGGUUGCUGGUCGGGUUUAUCUGUUCAAAUUUACGAAAUUGAUUUCUUGUUGCAGUUACGAAUCCUGUACUUUGGUGAUUGGUGCACAGGAAUAACUUGACACAUUUUAGAAAAUGUUGGAGGUAGCAAAGUUCUGCUGUGUAUUUUACGUUUUCUUGACAACAUUAGUGCCCUCGGAAUCCCUACAGUGUUCAUCAAAUGUCAACUGCAGAUGUCGUGAAGUUCAAGGAAAAUUGUUUGCAAAUUGUGCAAAUCUCCAUUUGCCGUCAGCUCCAUUAUUUAGUGAUGACGUUGUUGGAAUAAACCUUGCAAACAACGUCAUCUCAAUUUUCCCGUCAAACCUUCCCAAACAUAUCGUUCACUUAGAUGUCUCUAAAAACAAUCUGCAAAAGAUUGAAAAUACGUCACUGUCAAAUUAUACUGCCCUUCAAAAUCUAAGUAUUGCAAGCAAUUAUCUUCAUAUGGUUGAACUAGAUUCUCUACGAGACCUCUCAAAUCUACAGCGUCUUGACAUUUCUGGUAAUCAAGAACUAACGUUAGAGGUUUUGUUUAACAUAUCUAAAGAUUUGCAAAACUCUUCGACAAUCCGGAUCCUAAAUUUUGAAAACUUACAAUGCACGUACGGCGUCAGUUUCAUCAUCAAAAAGUACCACACUGCUUAUCUGAAACACACACACUUAGAAGAACUGAAUUUAGCGUCCAAUCGCAUUAGCAGUCUUGAACUGGGCGUCUUGACUGAGUUACCAAGAUCUCUUAAACAUUUAGAUCUCGCUAAUAACAUUCUCAGCUUUGGCCUCUAUCUUGUAGAAAUUGGGGAUUUACAGAAUGUUGUUAGCCUCAAUAUGAGUUUUCAGGCGACUUUUCAUCAAAUAUACACAAAGGACUUUUUUAGCUUGUGCAAUGAUACGCGACCAGACUUGAAAACAGAAUCCCACAGUGAGCUUUCAAAGUCGUCUUCAACGUCACUUUCAAUUUUCCGAGGAACUCAAAAUUUCAGUAUAUUCAUUCCACCGAAACUAGAAAGACUUUAUUUUCAUGAUAAUUUAUACAAGAUGGUCCUCCAAGAUUAUGUUUUUAAAACUGUUGGUAAACCAGUAUUGACACACAUUUUUAUGCAGAAUAGUAUCGUUUACAGGUUAAAUGGUCCUCUAAAGGGCAUAGAGAGUGUUAGAUAUGUAGACUUUUCCAACAAUUUUUGUAGUUAUAUAUCACCCAGAUUUUUCGAAGAUUUUCCAAAUCUAUCACAUCUCGAUCUUUCUCAUAAUGCACUGGGAGAAAAUUUAGAAAGUGACCAUAAGGGAGAAAUAUUUCAGAGGCUAUAUAGACUGACCUCAAUAAACUUAGCACGAAACAGGAUUGUUCAACUUCCUGACAAUAUCUUCCGCAAUUUGAAUCAGUUAAAAACUCUUAACCUUCGCUACAAUUCCUUAAGUGAGUUUUCAUUACCUUUGAAACAUAUGACAAAACUUGCUCAUUUGGAUCUCUCCUAUAACCAGUUGUUGGUCUUGGACGAGGAAACGAGACAUGCUCUGGAUUAUAUAUCCAAACAGAGAAAGAUAAACGUCAAUCUGUUAGGCAACAGAUUCAAAUGUGACUGUGAAAACUUGAAAUUCAUCCAAUGGAUGCAUAACGCUAAGGGAAUUAAUUUCGUUAAUUUUGGUAAUUAUACAUGUACAUUUUCAAAUUUCUCUCAGCCGUCUACUCAAAUUCCCUUCACAAAAAUGGAGGAUUUACUUCAAGGUCUGGAAAAGCAGUGUUCCUCUUACACUCUCGUUAUUUUAAUGAUGACGUCAUUAAUAAUCGUUGUUAUGACAACAGUCCUUAGUCGCAUUGUGUAUCGAUACAGAUGGAAGCUGAGGUUCAUGUAUUAUGUAGCAAGGGAAAAGUACAGAGAUAAUGUGCAAAGAGCUGACGUCAUAGGUGAAAGUUCAUACUGUUUUGAUGCGUUUGUGUCCUAUGCUGAUAAAGACAGGCGAUUUGUGAUUGAUCUUGUAAAGCGACUAGAAAAGGAAUAUAAUCUAAAACUCUGUAUACAUCAUCGGGAUUUCAUUCCUGGAACAGACAUAGCGGAUAACAUUACAAACGCGAUUCAUUGCAGCAGACAAACUGUUUGUUUCAUUACGUCACACUUCAUCGAAUCAUACUGGUGCAUGUUUGAACUCAACAUGGCGCGUAUGGAGACUGUUUAUUCUCGUAAUGGUGAAAACGUUUUAUUUUUAGUGGUUUUGGAGAAAGGAGCGAUAAAGAAACUUCCGAGAUCAUUCAUGGAUUUGAUUGAAUCGAAGUCUUAUUUGGAUUUUCCGGAGGGUGGAGAUUCAGACGAAGUAACAGCCUUUCGUUCCAAACUUGGAGAUACCCUCAAUUCGCCUGACGGUGAUUUUAAUGGACUUCACAGAAAUGUCUGAAACUGAUAAACAAAUGAUGAAGCUAACUUUUACCAUGCAUGUGUAUUUUUAUCCGCUGUAAAAAUGAAGUAUAUUUCGUUUCUGUUAUUGUUGUUUUUAUUGCUGUUGUCUUUUGCUGGUAUUGUACUUUGUGAAACACUAAUAUGAUGACGUAUGGGUAGAUGGAAAAUAAACAUGCAUUCCUCUU